AUGAGCUCAACCGAGUCAAAGCUGUCCGCAAAGAUGACUGAGCUGAAAAAGGACAGCGGCGCGAGUGAAGUGGGAAGCGGCGAGAUUAUCCACAAUCCUGAACACCUGCAACGCCAUCUCACUCCACGUCAAGUCCAAUUCGUGGCAAUCGGAGGCUCGAUUGGAACCGCUCUUUUCGUUAGCAUCGGGUACGGUCUGAUGCGUGGCGCAGGCAGCCUGUUGGUAGCGUUUGCUUUGCAAGCCUGCGUAAUUGCCCAAGUCAACAACUCGUUGGCGGAGAUGACUGUCUUCAUGCCAAUCAGUGCAUCUUUUAUCCACCACGCCAGGACCUGGGUUGACGAUGCCUGGGGCUUUAUGGUCGGCUGGAAUUUCUUUCUCUUUGAGGCGCUGCUCAUCCCGUUUGAGAUUACGGCUUUGGAUAUGGUCCUGACGUUUUGGCGAGACGAUAUUCCUUCCGCUGCAGUCAUCACGACGUGCAUCGUCCUCUACGCGGCAUGCAACGUGCUCGUUGUUAAGUAUUUUGGCGAGACAGAGUUCUGGUUGGCUGGAGGCAAGCUCCUGCUCAUUUGCAUACUCUUCUUUUUCACCUUCAUCACAAUGGUGGGAGGCAACCCGCAACAUGACGCCUACGGUUUCCGUAAUUGGUCCAAACCGGCUCCUUUCGUUGAGUAUAUCGACACAGGCAAUCUCGGUCGAUUCCAUGGCUUUCUCGCCGCAUUGUGGCAAGCUGCUUUCACAAUCGUCGGUCCCGAGUAUUUGGCCACUGUGGCUGGUGAAGCCCAAAAUCCUCGGAAUACCAUGAAGUCUGCAUUCAAAUCCGUUUACUGGCGCUUCGGUAUCUUCUUUAUUGGCGGCGCACUAUGCGUUGGAAUUGUCCUGCCAGCUAAUGAUCCUACUCUGCUCCGGGUGCUGAGCAACGGCGAGACGGGCACCGGCGCCGCUUCGCCGUUUGUCAUUGCCAUGAAGAACAUGAACAUUGGUGUUCUCCCACAUAUCGUUAAUGCUCUGCUUCUGACAAGCAUCUACUCUGCCGGAAACGCUUACGUCUACUGCUCAUCCCGCAGUCUGUAUGGCUUGGCCAUCAACGGACAUGCGCCGAAGUUCUUGACCAAGUGCACCAAGCAAGGUGUUCCUGUCUAUUGCCUUUUGGUUUCGGUCGCUUUCGCCUGUCUUUCUUACUUGAAAUUGGGGAGCGGUUCCGUUACCGUUUUGACCUGGCUGACGAACCUAAUUACUGGUGGAACCUUGGUAACAUACGUCGUCAUCUGCGUCAACUACCUCUUCUUCUAUCGAGCCCUUCAAGCCCAGAACUUCAACAGAUCGGAUCUCCCGUAUGUCGGGUACUUACAACCAUAUGGCACAUGGAUCGCCUUGGUGUGGCUCAUUGCUGUCGAGCUUUUCUAUGGUUACGCCAUAUUUCUCAAAGGCCGCUGGGACAUUGGAUCAUUUUUCAGCAGCUACACUAUGGCCAUUCUUGCAGUUCUGCUCUUUGGUGGAUGGAAGAUCUUCAACCGCACACGGUUCAUCAGGCCUGAGCAUGCUGAUCUAGUCGGAAUCCGACCCGCAGUCGAUGAGCACGAAGCGUCCAUGAUUGACAAAGAGGAAUUGGGCUUGCGCAGACGCAUGGCACAGUUGCUCAAUGCUGGCUUUAGAUUUCACCGAGAUUAG